GCCGCAGGAUUCAAACAGGUUGUCGGAGAAAUGUUACUUGUGUGAGGCGAAAUUCCGUUUGUUUGGCUAAUAAUAAUUAACUGAAGAAAGAAGUAAAAACAAAACGGCAAAAGCGCGGCAAACUUUUACUUCCGUGAAUGUGUAGUGAAAUUUAAAGAAGUGAAGAAAAAAAGUUUAUAAAAACCGUGUGCAUUUUUUAAAGAAUUGUGCAUGUUUAAAAAUAGCAGCUAAAAGCUUUUAUGUGUGUUACAAAUUAUUGAAGGAUGAAUAUCAUCCUCGACAACGGCACAGGGGCACAUACAAUAGAUGUCUGCAGUAUUGAUUGGUCUCAGGUGUUUGAAGUGGACACAGCGGCUAACAACAUGUACACACAUACAGUUACUAGCGCGUAACGGAUAAGUACAAGAAGAUUUUACCCGAAAUGUUGGCGUUUAAUUUCCCACCCGAAAAUAACCAACAAUGUAUGCAUUUUUUGGUAGCACAAAAUUAAUCGAUUUAAUUGAAGUGACGUGGAUGCUGUGACUGGUAUGAAGGACAUCUUGAGCAACACUAACAAGAAGAUUACAUUUCCAGUAUGUACAUACAUAUAUAGUAUGUGUGCAAUGGUCUCAAUAUUAAACCAGUAGAUAGUGAAGAGGCUCUAUGCAAAUAGUCACUUUAAUUGGUCCAUUGUAAAUAAAAAAGUAUCUGUGGCGUGAGACAAAGUGGUCCUUUAUUCGAUCAGAAUACAAAGAGGAAUGGCGAUGGCAAAUAUUGAUUAUGAUUUUUUGAUGAAAUUUCUUGCACUCGGAGAUUCUGGAGUUGGCAAAACAAGUUUUCUAUAUCAGUAUACUGAUGGGCAAUUUCAUUCACAAUUUAUAUCAACGGUGGGAAUUGAUUUCCGGGAAAAACGGCUGAUAUACACAUACCGCGGACGAAACCACCGUAUCCAUCUACAACUCUGGGAUACUGCCGGUCAGGAGCGCUUUCGUUCAUUGACCACUGCCUUCUAUCGUGAUGCAAUGGGUUUCCUGCUUAUCUUCGAUUUGACCAACGAGAAAUCUUUCCUUGAAAUCAGUAAUUGGUUGGAGCAAUUACGUAUGCAUGCUUAUUCGGAGGAUCCAGAUGUGGUCUUAUGCGGUAAUAAAUGCGAUUUAGAGGCCGUGCGUGCUGUCAGUCAUGAGCAAGUGCGUGCACUUUCGGAUCGUUAUGGUCUGCCUUACAUCGAGACAAGCGCAUGCACUGGCUUUAAUAUAAGACAAGCCGUAGAAAUGUUGGUGGAACGUGUUAUGUUGCGUAUGGAGAAUGUAGCUACCAAUUCCGAAUUGUCACGAUUAAUGACACAGACGCGUUGCAUGCCAAAUAUAAAUCUCCCGAGUAGUGGUGGGAAUACAGUGCGUUUGGGUUAUGGGGACAUGGAGUUGACAGAGGAACAACAACGGAGUCGAAAUUGUAAAUGUUAGAAGAUGAAAUGCCAGUACAGAGGUCAUUCUAUUUUAACUCAAAGCUGUUUUGUACAAUAAUUUUAAUAAAUGUGUAUUUAAAUGUGUGAAAUAAAUAAAUUAAAUAAA